GUGAUGGUGACGAAGCAGCGGGACGACCUGCGGCAGCAGCUGCCUGCUCUGCGCAAGCUGGACGACAUGCUGCUGGAGAUGUUGGACGAGUGCAACAGCACGGAGUACUGGUACACACAGGAGCGCCCCGACCCUGUCGCCAACGGCGCAGUGGACGCACACAAGGCCGCAGGCUCCUCGUCCCGUCGCAACCCGCGCCACCGCGACGGGUGCACGUGCGCGGAUUGCCAGGCGGACGCUGAAGACGACGACGGGUACGGGGGCGGAGGAAAAAAAGGGUCGAAAGCCCGAGGGGGGGCGGCGGCGGCGGCGCGCAGCAGCGGUGGGGGUGGCGGCGGGGGAGGGGUGAUGCGGGAGUCGAAGACCGGCAAGUGGUGGCGGCCGGUGCCGCGGGUGCCGGUGUGUGGGUUGAGUGAGGCGCUGCGCAAGCACCUGGAGCACCAGAUGGAGAAGGCGGCUCAGAUUGUCAAGCUCGCCAUGGCCAUCAACACACAGGCGCUAGAGGAUAUGGCUGUGCCCGCUGCUUACACCGACAACCUGCCCAAGGUACCGCUGGGUGGGAAUGGGGGCUGCUGCUACUUUUUAGUCGCCUCAAAGGCCAUCAACACACAGGCACUUGAAGACAUGGCUGUGCCUGCUGCUUACACCGACAACCUGCCCAAGGUAGGCUAUUGUGUGCAUGCAUGUGUGGCUAUUGUGCUUUCUCUGUUGCUGCUGUUCUUUGAUCUGCCGUCCCUCUCUCGCCCCCUCUCUCGCUUCAUCAUCCUGCCCAGUCGCCCUUGCCCUGGGCAUGCCGUCCCCUCCAUCUCUCCCCUCCAACCGUUUCCUCCCCUCGCCUGUCACCCCACCACUCCCUUACACAAUCCCCUCCCGGGCCCCAAACCCUCCCUGCACCACUCCCAACCCUGUCCCCCACAUCCCACUCUCCUUCUCUCCCCCAUCUCCACACACCCCCUUCAGUCGGGGCGGGCGGCACUGGGAGAUCAGAUAUAUUCGGUGAUAAUGAGCAGCAGCUUCAGUGUGGAUCGUGUGUUGGACACAGUGGACCUCACCAACGAGCACGCGGCGCUCAAGCUCGCCUGCCGCCUUUUGAUCGGGGCGGGCGGCACUGGGCGAUCAGAUAUACUCGGUGAUAAUGAGCAGCAGCUUCAGUGUGGACCGGGUGUUGGACACAGUGGACCUCACAACGAGCAUGCUGCACUCAAGCUCGCCUGCCGCCUCGACGGCCGCUGUGUACACUGGCGCAAGAUGGCCCCGCCUCCCCCCACCAGCUCUCUCCGCUUGCUUCCACCGCCCCUUCUCCCCCCACAUCCCUGCCAACAACCUCGUUCCCACCCUCCCGUUUUCCCUCCCCACUCAUACCUACUCGCGCUCCUCGUCCCAUUAUCCCAUCAGGUCCCCCCAGCUGACGCAUUCAAUGAGCGGGCACUACUCGAGCUCUGGUCCGCUGGGGAGAGAUGUGUCAAGUUUGAGGAGAACGCCAACCGAGCAGAGGCGUGUCUGCGCAGCCAUCAGGACGCUGCCCCUCACUGCCCCAAACCACUCUCGACACCUCCAAAAUCCUCUACAACACGGUCGGUACAUCAGCGCCAUGCCUGCUGCUGUGUGGCACUGCACCAUUGCGGUUACCCUGCACUGCAGUGA